CGACAGUCAACGAAAAUGGCGGAAGCAGGAGUGGAAACAGCCUCGUCUUCUGCCAGAUUUUUCUGUCAUAAAUGCAAUGUCGAAAUUACUCCUCAACUACCCGACUAUGUAUGUCCACGAUGUAAUAGUGGCUUUAUUGAAGAAUUGGAGCGAGCACGAGACUCGGACAGUGAUAGCUCCAGUGACACAGAGAUGGAGUCUUAUGAAAUGUGGGAUAUGAUAACUCAUGAUGGCUCAGUGCCAGGUGUGUCAUCUCCAGCAGCCUCCUCCUCUGGUCCUGGUCCUCGCAGAAGUCAGCGUCUCAGACACAUUAACCCAAGACAUGGGCGGCGGAGAGUAAGUGGAGGGGAUCGUCACUCUGCAUUGGCACCCCUCAUCCACGACCUCAUAAUGCAAAUGACUUCUGGUGUGAUUGAAGCCAGUGUAGGAGGGGGUGAUUUUGCAGUACCCCCUGUAGGUUUUGAUUUACCAGGAUUUCCAGUUUUAGUAGCUUCUAACCUGGCUUCUAAUCCCGGAGACUAUGCCUGGGGUCGUGGUGGGUUAGAUGCCAUCAUAACCCAACUCAUGAACCAACUGGAUGGUACAGGUCCACCGCCUUUAUCCAGAGAUCAAAUUUCACAGAUACCUACAUCCAACAUCACCAAAGAUCAAUGUGGUUUACUAGGCCUCAAGCAGGAGCGAGUGGAUCAUCUCUGGCCAGCAGCACGAGUGCUUCUUCAUCGUCUGCAUCAUCAACUAGCAACAGUUCCCCUACAUCAAGGUCAUCCUCAGCACGACCCUUGUUGGAGGAAGAGCUAGAUUGAUGUUAGGUGGAAUUUGUCAUAUUUAAAGUUUUCUGUUGUUUCACAUUACAGUAGCACUACAAUUGCUUGCUCAACUAUACUGGUGUUCAGACAUCUACACAGGACUAGUAUUUCAGGAGAUAUAAGAAAUACUCUUAUGUAUACUGGAUGAGACAUUCAUAAGAGUGUAAGUAUUAAUAAGGAUAAUUUUGAAAAUUAAUUAAGAAAUGGCCACAAGUUAUGAUCAGUGUACAUUUGUUUGAAGUUGUGUAUGAUACAGAUAGUUCACUUGUGUGGCAUUUUAUUUUAUAUCAUGAACAAUCAAUUGGUUUUAUGUUUAUUGCAAAUCAUGUAUGUGAAAUGAGCUUCAUAAGACUUCAGUACUAAAAUAAUUUAACCAUUUUUUUUGCAUAACUGUACACUUAUUGACUGUUAGUUAUUGUAAUUACACUUUUCCAUAUACUGUACAGUAGUAUGAUAAUACACAAGUGUGUGAAGAACAAUACUGAGGAGUAACAUUACUGUUGUGGAUAAAAUUUUACGAAGUGAAUUUUCAUCGGACAUAAUAAUCAGCUUUCAAGGAGUCAAAAUUAAAUAAUUGUCCAAGUCAGUACAGUAUGUUCAUGAAUUAUCAGAUAAUGUGAAAAUUUCAACAAGACUGAAAAGCAUUAAUGUGAGUAUAUAAGAGCCAAAGUGAUUUUCCUUCAUGAGUACUGUAUUCAAGAUUUAUGUGUAUUCUUUUUCUGCAUUUUAAUUAGAUUUAUUAUUUCUGUGGUAUGUGACAUACAGUGAAACAUUUAUAAUUUUUUUAAAUUGUUAGCUCCUUAUCCUUAUAGGAAAUUAUAUUUUGUUUCAUGUAGAGUUCUGCAGUGUUAUGAAAGGUUAUUUGUAAAUAGUCCAUGUAAAUGAAUAUUCUUCAGUUUCAGAUUUACAUUGUGUACAAAAAUAAUUUAGUAAUCUAGCCCCAAAUGCACUCUGGCUAGUCGUCUAAUCACAUGGUUUUUUGGGGGAAUGUACUAUAUAUGCUUCUUGUCAAUAAAUAUUCCAGAAGAUUAUUUUUGUUUCACCAGAUCAGUACAGAUAGUCAUUUAGUGCAGCUUAAAUCAGUUAAUUUUGCUUUUUAUUAAUCUUAUUGUUGAGAAACUAUUAUCAGUUCAUAGUUAUAUGAUUUACAUCUAAAAAUGUUCAGGGAAAAGAUACAUAAUUUACUCCCCGAGUAUUUCUUUUUUAAUAAGCAAAAUCCCCCAGUGUAUGUUACUAUCACAUGUAGGUACUGUUCUCCAUAUGUUUGUAUCUUGGCAGUAUUCUUGCAGCUGGAUGGUUAAAUCAGCAUAUUUUUCCUUCAGGUGUCUGGAAUGGGACAAACGGGAAGCCACAUGUUCACGGUUUCCUUAGUUGAUCGUGAAUAGUUCGUGGUACGGGUAAUCAGAAUGGGCUUGAUGUAAUAUUUGGGGUGACAAAAUAAUUUCUAUAACAUGGGUUUUUAUGAGGUGUUUGUCAUUGUUAGCAUUUAUCUCAUUAUUCAGGUUAUCUCAGAAUGAGAGUGCUAACCUGAGUGUUGUAUCAUUGUUUGUAACCCCUGUAUUUUUUUUUAUUAAUUUUUUUUUAUCAUAGAGCUGUAAAUUUUAAAGGAAUCCAUAAAGGCUAAUUUAAUUUUCUCAACAAAAAAUUCACAGUAACUGACAUUCUAGCUAUUAUGCUAACCAGUUGAAUACUGUGAAUCUCGCCAAUCAUCUUCAUGAAGGCAUCAAUAGGAAGUCUUCGUUGGGGCAAUUUUGAAGAAAAAGUGAUGUGACUGAUUAGGGGUUUUAGCAUGAACUCCUGAUGCUGUUUAAAGUGAUGAGACUGACUCAGGAGAGGAGCCUAGGACAAACUGGUGUUCUUUCCAUACCAGUUUUAAUUAAAUAAUUUUAUUCUUUACUGUACAAUUUUUAGCAAGAAAAAAAAUAGUAAAAGCAUUACCAUACACCUAAUAGAACAUCUUUUCAAAUUACAUUGUAUUUAUUUUAAGACAAACCUGUUUUACUUGGAUAUGGUAUAGUAUAUUGAUUCUUUAUUUGGAAAGGGUGGUUGCAUCAGUUAAGGAGAAUACUGUACUAGGAACUAGAAAUUAUAAAUAUCUGUAUGAAUGAAUUACAGUAUGAAUAUGUAAAAUACCAUAUAUACAGUAAUACAAUUGAGAAGCCAGUAUCACUUGUAUGUUACAUUGUCAAUUUGGUUCACUUAAAGCACAGUGAUGAAAGCAGAUGGCAGUUCAUCUGUAUCAUUCUUGCUGAGACUAUUGAUCACCUUAUUUUUCUGGACAUAGUUACUGGGAUUGGUGAUACAGCACUGUACUAGUAGUUCUACUUAAUUGCUGAUCAAACAUGCUUCCUGAUAAAAUGGCAAUGAAAAAAGUAGUUUUUAUAGAACCAAUAGGUUUUGGUGACUAAUUGAGGUAAUUUGAUAAAUAGCAUACUUAAACCUUGUAUACCAGGGGAGCAUUAGAGUGGCAUCCCCUUUUCCCCAAUCCCAUUGGACCUGCCAGAGUCUAGCCAACUCCAUGAAAGUUUGGCCCAAUUAGUUGAAUUUUGAACUAGAACUUCUUUGAAAACAAUGAAAAUCAUGCUGUUAUCACCUUAUGGUAAAUUAGAUAUUGUUUACAAUCAUCAUUGUGAGGGUUAAGUAAAUAACACAUUUCCACCAACUGUACUUUGUCUUACAUAAUCUAAUUGUUAAAUAUGCCUUUUGAGCUGAUAAGUUAUAAUACAAUAUAAAAAUAAUGUAUUUGAAAUGCCAUUUUGACAUGUUGAAAAUACUUUAUUUUUAAUUAAAUACCCAAAACUGCAUUUUUUCCUUAAUCAUUUUCCGAGUGUGAAAAUUUAGUUUGCCAGGAAGCUUUUGUUUAUACAGUACCUAAAAUUGCCUUAUUUAAUAUAUUAUCUAUUAUUUACCCAUUGAUUUUUCUGUUAUGUGACAGUCCAGUCAUUACCUAAGAAAAUUCUGGAGAGAAGGUUUAAGCCACAAUUAAACUUAAAAGUACUCUACUUGAAAAAUUUAAUUACAGUAUCAGAAUUUGUCAACUUGUUUGCAUUUAUAAUUCUUUCUUUUGGCUGUCCUAAAACUAACUUCAUCAUGAUGACUGGUGUUGUAUUUUAAAUUAUUAACUACAUUAAUUACCAAAACAAUGACUGAAUUUCUUGUUGGUUACCAGAUUGUUGGGAUUAUCAUUAAGGCAUUUUUACAGAGUUCUUGUACUUGUAUAAGAGUUGCCAUCUUUUCACUUGGAGUCAGUAAUUUACAUUUGCAGAGUAUUUAGUUAUAGCCUGCCAAAACCUGUGUCAGGAAAAGUCCAUAUUUAUAAAUAUAGCAAAGAAAGGGUUAAA